AACGUUCAAAUUUCAAAAUUUGAGCCCGCGAUUUUAAUGACCGAGUUGACCAAAAUGGCGUAUUGUUUUGACGAAGACCAGAAUGCAGACAGUCAUGAUCUUUCAGAGGAAAUAGAACUGCUUAUGGCAAUAUACAUUAAUGAAGUAAAGUUACAAGGCAGUUUAGAAAGGCCAAAUUGUGUCACUGUCAACCUUCAUCCAAGCACUGGGAGUGAUGAUCACAAGAGUAAAUAUGUCUGUUUAAAUCUUUCCCUUGCAAUCCCUGACAAAUAUCCCAGAAUCCCUCCAGUUAUAUCCAUCAAGAAUCCUCGGGGUCUUUCUGAAGCUCAUGUUGUCAGCAUCCAAGAGAAUUUGAUCUCUCUGGCAAACGAGAAGAUUGGUUCUCCAAUGUUAUUUGAUCUGAUUGAAUAUGCCAAAGAAUGUUUAUCGGACAACAAUAUCCCCAGUUGUCCAUGUGUGAUUUGUAUGGAACACUUUGAUGAAGACACAGAGUUUGUCAAGACGGAGUGUUAUCACUAUUUUCAUGUGGCAUGUUUGUCAAAGUACGUUGAUCAUUGUUAUACUGAAAAUGGUAAUUUACAGAUUGUAUGCCCAAUGUGUCGACUGGACAUCACAUUUAACAAAAAUGAUUACACAAAUAUUGUUGAGGAAGUUGUGCCAUUUGUUUACAUACCUGAUGCCAAAGAGCUUGAGGCUCAGGCUAGGAGACAUCAAAUCUUUGAAUAUCAAAGAAAGAAAGGAGGAAUUAUUGAUAUUGAUGUGGAAAGAAAUCGAUACUUGAUUGAAAUUAAAGAUUCCAUGGAUGUACUCUCAGCUCAAUUUGGUCAAAAAAAUAGUAUUACACAGACUAUGAUGGGUAUUGAAAGAAAAUUUGAUGAAAGCACCAAUUGUGCUAGGAAUGAAAAUGAUAAGUUUUUAAAAAGGACAGAGAAAAAAAUGGGUGUCUCAAAAAGAACGAUAAUGAAUAAUUGUGACACCAAAGGCAUUGAUAACUAUAAAGAUAAAUCAGUGAGACAUGAAGGAAGUAAAACAUGCAAUAAUGUGGGAGAAGAAAAUAUGCAUUGGAUGAAAUUGCAAAAUCAUGAUUUAUCUAAAAGUGAAAAAUCUUUCAGGACAUCUAAUUCAAAGGAAACAAAAAUUUUGGCUGAAAAUGACAUCAAAAAUAACGUAUCAAGAACAGUUAAAGAUAAACAACUCUCUGAUGUUGUAAGUCAAAGUAGGAGCUCCGAUGAUAAGACUAUUACUGGUACAACCAUUGAUGGUAGGACCAAUGUUGGUAAAACCACUACAAGAAGAAUGAAUGGGAAUAGGACAAAUAGUGGUAGAGCCAAUGGUGUUAGAAUCAAUAGUGGUAGAACCAAUGAUAGUAGAACCAGUGGCUGUGGAACCAAUGAUGGUGAAACCAAACGUGGUAGAACUUAUGGUAGUAGAACCAAUGGUUGUGGAACCAAUGAUGGAGAAACCAAACGUGGUAGAACUUAUGGUGGUAGAAACAAUAAAGGUAGAACUCAUGAUGGUAAGAUCACUGAUGGUAGGACGAAUGGUGGUCGAACCUUUGAUACUAGAGCCAAUGGUGGUAGAACCAGUGGUAAAAUCAAUGGUGGUAGAACCAAUGAAGGUUGGACCAACGGUAGUAGGAGCAAUGAAAGUUGGACCAAUGGUAGCAGGACCAAUGAUGGUCCAAAACGUUCACAUUUUAAAGUCAACAUUCAUAAAAAUGGUGGGUCUUCACUUACACAGCAGUGAAAGUUUUCCUCAAUGAAAAAAUUGCGAAGUAAAAAUGAAUGAAUAUCGAAAAAAGAAACCCAGUAGUGUGUGUUGAUGAAGCAAAAGGAAGAUUUUAUAACAAUAAUGAUGUAACUCGAUUUCUUUUUAAAUUAAUGAUCUUCAAUAAGAGUUUAAUUGAAAAAUUCAUGUUAGAAAAUAAUUAGAAGGCUAUGUGUCAAUUAUUGUUACGUUCCAAAGAGUUUCCUACAAGAUUUAUGCAGCGUGCGUUUUGAAAAAUUAUUAUAGUUUAGUUGUUGUGCAUUAUGUAUACAUUGAAUAUAUUCUAUUGAAGGCAAAA